UUAACAAAAAAGCUGUUUUUAGGCUAGGGUUUUAAUUAGGCGGCUGACUCCUUUACUUCAACCUCUGUAACCGGAGUCCUCUUCACUCAGCAAUCAUGGGGAAGACACGUGGAAUGGGAGCUGGACGCAAGCUGAAGUCCCACCGCAGAAGACAAAGGUGGGCUGACAAGUCCUACAAGAAGUCACAUCUUGGUAACGAAUGGAAGAAGCCAUUUGCUGGUUCAUCCCAUGCAAAAGGAAUUGUGCUUGAGAAGAUAGGUAUUGAGGCUAAACAGCCAAAUUCUGCUAUUCGUAAAUGUGCUAGGGUUCAACUCAUCAAAAACGGGAAAAAGAUUGCUGCUUUUGUCCCUAACGAUGGUUGCUUGAACUACAUCGAAGAAAAUGAUGAAGUGUUGAUUGCUGGAUUUGGUCGUAAGGGUCAUGCUGUGGGAGAUAUUCCCGGUGUUAGGUUCAAGGUGGUGAAGGUUUCUGGUGUCUCUCUUCUAGCUCUAUUCAAGGAGAAGAAAGAGAAGCCAAGAUCUUAAUUUGCUUUUUUUUUUUUUUUUGGGCCAAAACACUCUCGAGCGUGCAAUGGACGUUUAGCUGUAUUUGAGUUAUUAUUUUGUCAACUACUAUUAAACUAGACACUGUACUGGAAUUUUGGUUCAUUAUUGUUGAAUUCGAAUGUUACCUUAA